UGAGCUGGAUAACCGAACAAAACACAACUAUUUUCUACACUUGCGUGAGUAGGCAACCCUUUUUUUUUUGUUUAUUGACGUUGCUCAGUCAGCUGAUUCUGUUUACAACUGUUAUUUUCCUAAAAUUCAUCCCAAAUUCUUCUUGAUUAAUAAAAAGAAAUUAAAUAAAUUGUAAUCAGUACAAUAAUGUUUGGAAAUUUGCGUAAAAAACUAAACAACGCUAUCCAAGAGGGUUUUAUCAUUACUGAAAACUUGCAGCAGCAGUAUCGACAAAGACAGGCUUCGUCCACCGGUAGCAGCGCCACUACACCCACCCUAGACGACAGUAUACCCAGCAAUCGCAGUUCUCACUCCUUUGGGCAUGUUUCCCUUAAUGAUGUGAUUGUACCAGCAGAUUUAAAUAUGGCUGCUGGUUGUAAUUUGCUUGCCAAAUAUGAAGAUGAUUGGAGAAUAUUGCAUGUUGCAAAUGAGGAGAACGCCUCAAAAGCGUCACAAGUGGCCAAACAGAUUGAACAAAUUGGACAGCGUACAAGCGCACUGCAUGUUGAUAUGACAGAUUUAAUAAGCUGUUUGUCGGGUAUACCAGCGUUAGUGGAGAAACUAAGUGAAAGCGCGAAGACGUUGCAAAAGGUGGACGCACUAAGCGCUUCGGUGGAAAUGGAAUUGGAGCGCUUGCAGGAUUUAUGUGAAGAGUGUGAUUUACAGGAGUAUAUGCUGAAUAAACAGUGUGAACUAUUACAAUUUAAGCAGAUGAAAAUGAUUGAAUUAGAAACAUAUCGUCAGCGUGUUGCUGCUGAACAUCAGGAUAAGAUAAGACAGCACGAGCAACAAUUGCGGCGAAUACAGCGAGAACGCCAAGCAGUAUUUGAUGAUGCAUUCCGCGGUGAUUUGGCAGAAUUCAAGACAAAGGGGACCAUAACAAAAACGUUGCCACAAUCACUUGCACUCGAGGAAGUUGUGCUGGAAGAUCCUACAACUAAGGAUGCCCUCGAAGAUUUUCUGAACGGAUAACGAAGUUCAAUAUUCCAUGAAUAUGUGUGCAGUUAAACUGACAUUAGUGCCUUAUAGUAGAUAUAUAUUUUGUACAUUAAUAUAUGUAGCAUUGUUCAUACAUAUAUAUGCACAUAUGUACAUAUCG